GAGCCGGUUUCAUGUAACUAAACAUUUUUUAUCCAUAUUUGGAAAAGUAGUCAGUUACGAUCGGCAUUCGUUUGUUAAUUGCGAUAUAAUUUGACUCCCAGAGCAAAAUUCUCUGUUCACAUGGAAGGAUAUCUCUGCAAUGCGAAUCGCUCUCCAAUUUAGGGCUGAUCGAACUGGUCGAAAGCGUUGGGUGGAGGAGCCGUGGCGAUCUUGGGAGCUGCAUUGUCGUUUUUGAGGAGUUCUGGCUUUUAAGAUUAGCAGCUUGAUUGUAUUCUCUGCGAUAGUUUUGAUGUUUGUUGACAUUUGUAUUGGGGAUGCGGCUUGUAUACUGGUGGCAGGUUUGAGAUUGUUGGGACGGGCUAGGUUUCUGGCUAGGUGCCAGGCGAAAUUCAAUGUGCUGAUGAUGAGAUCGUGGGACUUUGUGCUGGUGUUUGGCAGUUGAUAUGUUACAGGUGCAGCUGGUUUUGGAACUUUGUGUCUACUGAAUUUUUGGAUGGCGUGGCCUUUCUCCCCUCAUCGGCAAAGUCCUGAUUUUGUGGAAUAAAAUGGGUUGCGUAUCUUGAGCUAAUUCAUGGAAUGGGAAGUGCUGGCCUUUUGGGGACAAUUUCCUCCGUAUGAGUUGGUAAUAACCAGAAGCUAUUUCGAUAUUACUGCUUGUCAAGGUUUCUAGUGGAAUUGGUAACUUCAGUUAUCGGGUAGGUUGAAAGAGAAGUACCGUGAAACAAAACACUGUAAUGGAUAACUUAGAAUUGAGAGACAGCGAGCUGGAAAUCGAUCUUGAAAGCGGUGGGGCCACCGGUGAAGAAGAUGGAAGCAAAGAACUUGCUUCGGUAAAAAAUUCACGAAAGCACAAGUGUCUCAAAAGGUCUUUGGGUGGGAGCUUAAGCAUAGACAGAUCGAUCAAGAGCGAACCAGAACGUAGUGUAGAAUUGUGCAGCACUUCAUCUGUUGGUGAGGUUUCAAAUGAGAACCUAGAAGUGUUGGUGGACAGGAAAUCAAGAGAAAGUAGCCAAGAACAUGUUCCCUUCUCGGACAAGAAAUACGUGAAUGAAAAGCGACCUACCACCAAUUCAAGAAAACCUCCCAAGCCACCAAGACCACCAAAAGGUCCGGCUUUAGAUGCUGCAGACCAGAAGUUCGUCAAGGACAUUGCAGAGGUUGCUACAAGAAAGCGCACAAGAAUCGAGCGGAUAAAAGCUCUGAGGAAGAAUAAAGCAGCCAAUGCAUCUGCAUCGUCUUCAAGCAGCAGCCUUACUGCCAUGAUAAUUACUCUUCUUGUCUUUGUCAUCAUUGUUUUUCAAGGAAUGCGUUCCAAGAGCAGAGUUGGCUUCCAGGAUUCUCCUGAGCCAGCACUUACCACCAAUGAAGAGCUGAUGUCAGUUCAGCAUAAUAAGAACCUGGCUUCCCAUUUUGGCAGACGGGCACGUUUCUAGUUCGAUCUUCGGAGAGGCAGGUAAAUGUGCAGAAUGACUACAUUAUUUGUAAAUGUUAGUUCCCUGUAAUUGGGAAGAAUAUCAUUUGUACUGAUGUACCAACCAAAUAGAGGCAUGGAUCAAUUCCAAGUUUUGUAGGGGAAAGGAUCAAGGAAACUGGCGGGCGGGUUCAGAAGUUGUUUGGUCAUUAUGAUGGGACGUAGGAUUUUGAUGCCAGCUCGGUUAGAGUUUACAAAUAACGGGAUUGUACAAAUGCCUAGGAUUCAACAACGCUGCUAUUAUUAGGGGGUAAGUGCACAUUUUGAAACGCAAGGGACGUGCUUGCAUUUUUCCUCAACUAUCCGUGCCGUUGGAGCAAUUUACACUUUGUCCUGCAUUUUUCAGGAUGAGGAUAUCCGAAGUUCAGAUGUCUAAACUAAUCCCACAGUAGCAACAAUCCCUGUCCCACGCAUUGUGUAAAUUAAUGACUUGAUUAGUUUCCGGCUGGCUCCGAAAGAAUGUACAUGAAGAUGGUUUAAACAUGUGUUACUAUGCUCCAUGAAAAUUCGAGGCG